GCGCGUGUGGCACAUCAAAAACAUAUGAAAAAAAGUAAGUCAUACAAAUAAAUGGGUGACGUGCCUGGUGCCAACUCGGAAUAUUAUUGUUAUUUGUAAACUGAAGAAGGAAAAAAGGGUAAAAGCCCAGAAGUUGGCAACAAAUGCGCUAAGUAGAGCAGCAGCACUAGCAGCCACAGCAGCUGGAAGCAAAAGCAAACACCAAAAACAAACAACAAAAAAAACAACAAAAUAAUGGGCAUAAACGUCAGCAGAAAUGCCGACUUGGCGUCAAAUGAAUGGCUUCAGCGUUUUGUGGGGCGCCACCACAUAGCGCACGAUGACGAGGCCUACUGGAACGGACUGCUCAACUACAACAUUGUGAUGCCGGAGAACAGCCAGGAUCAGCUCAGCUUGGACUCGCGCUUGGAGACGCUGUGUCAAUCGUUUAUUGGCCACAAUCUGAAGACGGGCAAUUUUGGCUCGCUGGUGACAGUAUUUCUGGAGAAGGCGUCGGAACUGCUGUCGCUUUCCGAUCAGGAGAGCAACAUGCAUGUGUGGCAAACGUUCAAUGCACUCUUCAUCAUACGCACCCUGAUCAAAUACAUCAAUGAGACGGGCUCCGAGUUUCAGCUGCUGCAGCAUUUCGAGGCAAUGCCCAGCGCCGAGCUGCUCAAAGCAGCAGAGGAACAGCAGCAGCACCAGCCACCGGAAAUGGCGAGCAUUGCCAUUGAGGCCAGCGAACAUCAGACGCCGCUGGCAGCUAUCAUUGUGGAUGGGGCCAAGUUUGAGACGUUCAUCGAUGCGCUGGUCAAUCUGAUUGUCGUCAUACCCGUCAAGGAGUUUACCUACCAUCUGCAUCUGGAGUCGGUCAAUACGCUGAUCACGCUGCUCUCCGUGCAUCUCUUCGCCCAGCAGCUGCAGCACCAGCAGCAGCAGCCGCAGCCGCCGCCCACAGAUAAAUCGAUUGUCUUUCGCACCAUUUACAAGUGCCAGCAUGCGAAUGUGCUGAUGUCGGCGCUGCUGCAUUUUGUGGCACGCAUGGUCGAGGUACCGCACACCAUGUUCGGCUCCACUUCGGCGGGCUCUUUUGUCUUCGGCAUUGCGGAAUCGCUGCUCUCGAUUCUGACGUUUCGCAAGCAGCAGGAUGUGCUGAAGACGAGCAACGCCACCGGCGAGGAACUGUCGCAGCAGUUUCGCAACCAUUAUCCGUUGGCCAAUCAAAGUCUGCUGCUCAUCCUGAUAUUGACUAAUCAUUGCACCGCUCAGGAUAAUGCAUACCGGGCGAGCUUGUUUGGUUGCGCCGAUUCCAAGGACUCGCCCAAACAAGCCAACGGCGCCGUCUCCUUUCAGAUCGACUUCUCCGCCGUCUACGAGACGCUGUGUCGCAUUGUGACCAUCGAUCAGGCGACGCUGCUGCUCUACCUGCUGCUGCAUCGGAACGAGCGCUUCUAUCGGUUCGUGAUGCAACAGCCGGAUCUGGAACAACUGGUCAUACCCAUUCUGCAGACGCUGUACAAUGCGCCCGACAGCAAUUCCCAUCACAUCUACAUGUCGCUCAUCGUCCUGCUCAUCCUCAGCGAGGACGAGGGCUUCAACAAGAAUGUGCACACAAUCCUGCUGAAGAACAUCAGUUGGUAUACGGAGCGCACGAUAUCGGAGAUAUCGCUGGGCGGUAUCCUGAUACUGAUCGUCAUACGGACCAUUCAGUACAACAUGCUGAAGAUGCGCGACAAGUAUCUGCACACCAAUUGCCUGGCUGCACUGGCCAACAUGUCCGGCCACUUCCGUGCCCUGCACCCGUAUGUGGCACAGCGUCUAGUGUCGCUCUUUGAGACGCUGGCGCGCAAGCAUACGCGGUUGGAUGCCCAGCUCAAGGAGCCGGCGGAUAGUGCAGUGUUUGUGAAUGUAUCGACGACGCCCGAGGACAUGAUGCAGGAUCUGACUGUACUGGAGGAGGUGCUGCGCAUGGUACUGGAAAUCCUAAACUCCUGCCUAACGAAUCAACUUGUCUACUGUCCCAAUUUGGUCUAUACGCUUCUCUACAAGCGCAGCGUCUUCGAGGGCUUCCGCAGUCAUCAUGCGUUCCAGGAUGUCAUACAAAACAUUGAUAUGGUGGUUGGUUUCUUCUCGUCGCGACUGCAGCGCGUGCAGGAGCAGCGUGGCGAGCUGGGUGUCAAUGAGGUGCUCGAGGUGAUAUCAAAAGGUGCCAGCCAAUGGUCCAGCGAUCGCCUGCGGAAAUUCCCCGAUCUGAAGUUUAAAUAUGUUGAGGAGGAUGCGCCCGAGGAGUUCUUCAUUCCAUAUGUGUGGACGUUGGUCUGUAAAUACGGCUGCGUCCAUUUCAGCUCCGAGAGCAUUAAGAGCAUUACUACGGAUAUUGCCUGCUAAUAUUAGCCACACCCUCCCCCACCCCCGACGCCCUACCGGCCACCUUUCUUCUGCUCCUCGCUGGAAACGAUUUGCUUUUUUUCCCCUUUCACCUAAUCCACUAGAAUUGAAGCCAAAAUGGUCAAAAACAUAAGCAGCAAUUAUAGCAAACGUUGACGUGUUACUGAUAUCCACAUAUAAAUCGAUGAGCUAAUUUUAAUACCUUAAACUAGGCUGCAGAGCAAAACAGUUAAGAUUAAACGCAAUACAUAAUAGAAUAUCAUAUUUUGCUACCGCUAAGUAACAAAUCAAAGUUGAGGAAAAGUUAAGCUCCAAAUGCCUAUCAAACGAUUAUACUAAUCAACAAAGACAACAAAAUCGAUAAUAUAUAUAAAA